GUUUCCUCAGCUCCCAAGUUACUACGCAAGUUACUAAGAUCUCUAAUUUUAGCAUAUGCCGCUGCUUCUCUUCUGCUUUAAUGGAAAGUGGACUCGAUGUGGCGCAGAGAGGCUGUAUGUUUUGGCAUUCAGUCCUAAGCUCAGUUUUGAUUGGUUAACAAUAUAACAAUCCAGGUCUCCGAAAACAUCGUCCUCAGUGCUAGUAGUGUCAACCCUGCUCACCAGUUGCAUUUCAGACGUAGAUUUUUGGCAAGAAGAUUAUUAUUAUAAAUAUUGUAUGGGCCUUUUACGACAUAUGUCCAGUAGGGCUGGGAUAAUUUUCGGAAUACAUCGUGAUUCUCUCUCGAAUUGAGCUUACUUUUUAACAGGAGAUGGCGCUCUAGGCUAGUUUUUAACUGCAUGCUCAAAUGCUCAUGAAGAAGAGAUUAAUGUAAAUAGCACUCUGCAAACAUCCUUGUAGUUUGCUUCUACCUUUUCGAACUUUAUGAAUGAUUAUUUUAGGUUUUAGUGGUGUGUGUAAGGAACUGGAAGCAAGCAGAGUACGGCUGUUUCUAAAGCACGCAGCGCCAUCUGCUGUUAAAAACUAAGCUCAGAAUCGUUUUGAGAGAGAAUCGCGAUGCAUUCGGAAAAUCUCAGAAUUGAUCUAGAAUAAUUUCUCGAUUCGCGAUGCAUCGAUUUAUUGUCCCAGCCCUAAUGUCCAGAAAUUGACAAUUUGUCCAGUUCUGUACAUACGGGAUACGAGUUUGGCAAUUCAGUCUACUGUAGUUUGCCACCCGGGUCUCUACAGUCCACCAUACUCUCUUGAGUGGGUAUUUAUUUUGAAUAAGCCACUGAAAUGUAAUCUGAACAUACUACAUUUGUCAUGUUGUCAUUAUCAUGUGACCUACCAGACUCGGUUGUUUCGCUUUACUGCCAUUCACAAAUCCUCUCCCGUGGCCUCAUGGGAUAGUAAAGUGUUUAAAGUCUACAGUUUCAGAGUAGCUUUCCCAACACUGCUGAUUUUUCAGACCUGGUCUCAUUACGGUCUAUAGGUUAUUUAUUUAUUUUAUUUUUUUCCAAUUUCCAAACACAUAAUGCUUCAGAUCUCCAGUUACAGACUUCUGUGUGCUGUUAUUAUUAGAUAAUUAUAUUUUGUGGGAGCCUACGAGUCAUUUCUCCCACUUCCCACACACAUAUUAGUAUCAUCUCUCCUGCAUCCGCACUCAGAAAUUCAGAACUUGUUUUGCAUGGCUCUCUGCUGCGUCCCGUGGAUUGCAGAUAAAUACCUUAAUGCAUGUUGUUUUUAAACUUUGCUAAUUUAAAACAUGAUCAAAAUAUUUUCAAUUUGAACAGCAUAGCAUAGCCUAGAAAGUGACUCCUAAUUCUAAACAGUUUCUCAAUAUAAAACAAUAGGCCUAUAAAAUCCCUAACAGAGCCAGACGAAAAAGUCACAGUAAUUUAGUUUUGGCCUUUAUUCAUAAAACCGUAAAAAGCAAAAUGACGGGAUUGAGACCACAAGCGGGAACUCGAUAAUGUUAGAGCGCUAAACAAGAGGCUAUAAUAAGGUUUAGAAAUUUAAUGUUUAGGUUAAAAUAUAAAUGUGAAAAUAAUAAUAGUAAUUUAACAAAUGAAAAUGAAUCAAUGUCUUUUAGGCAGGCUCUUGAGACGGCAGAGGAAAAGGCACUAGAGGGCGCUUUAGCAUCUAUUUGUACAGUAUGACGCAAAACACUGGAAAUUAAAUUUUGCAUUUUUACAUAUUAAAAAACAAGUUGUAUAUCAUUUAUAUGUUAUGUUAUUUUUUAACAAAAUAGUAAUCUUGCAUAAAGAAAAUUAGUGUGUAUCUGCUAAUUCUAUUCAUCAGUGUUAAAAUAAAAAAACAAAGAAACUGCAUUUUCCAUAUUUAAUUUCUGUUUUAAAAAAGGAAAAAGGAAUGGACGCAAAAGUACACGGAUCGUCACAGUGAACUAAAGACACAUGACACCAGUGCAAGAAUGGCUCUAGACAACAUAACAACAACGUUUAAUAAAACAGAGUGUCCAUCAAUCGAUGACUUCCGUAACCAAAUCUACUCUACUGUAUACUCUGUCAUCACCGUUUUCGGCCUGAUGGGCAACGGCUUUGCACUGUACGUGCUCCUUCGUACCUACCGUCAGACCUCAGCCUUCCACAUCUACAUGCUCAACCUGGCCGUAUCAGACCUGCUGUGUGUCAGCACUCUGCCCCUGCGGGUGCUCUACUACAUCAACAAAGGCCAGUGGAACCUGGGAGACUUUCUCUGCCGGGUGAGUUCCUACGCGCUGUACGUGAACCUCUACUGCAGUGUCUUCUUCAUGAUGGCUAUGAGUUUCACCCGCUUCCUAGCAAUCGUGUUCCCCGUGCAGAACCUGAGGCUAGCCACUGAGAAGAAGGCAUGGAUCGUAUGCGUGGGCAUUUGGGUCUUCAUUUGCACCACCAGCUCACCCUUCCUCCUCUCUGGUCAGCAUACUGAUCCAAAGACAAACAAAACCAAGUGUUUUGAACCACCAGAAAGGUCUGGCAGCCUAGAAAAGCUAGUCAUGCUGAAUUACUUUUCCCUGGUGGUGGGUUUUAUUAUUCCCUUCCUGGUCAUCUUGCUGUGUUACGCAGGCAUCUUGCGCACUCUACUCAGAAACAGUAACGGUGUGAACAAGCAGCGUUACACGCGUAACAAGGCCAUCCGGAUGAUCGUUGUGGUGAUGCUGGCUUUCUUGGUCAGUUUUAUGCCCUAUCAUAUCCAACGCACGCUGCAUCUCCACUUUAAAACCCGUAAAGAUACUACCUGCGAGGAGGUCAUCUAUAUGCAGAAGUCUGUGGUCAUCACCCUCUGCCUGGCUGCUGCCAACUCGUGCUUUGACCCGAUGCUCUACUUUUUCUCUGGAGAGAACUUUCGACACCGCCUCUCCACCUUCCGCAGGGCUUCUGGAAACAUGUCUUUAACUCACAAAGGCCGCCAUGCUCUCCGAAGCUCCCCGCCUGUGGAGGAGAGUGAACUUCAGUGCUGUAAUGGUUCAGACAAAGUUGGGUAGAGGGAAUGAAAAUGAAGGAGCAGGAGUAGAUUUCAAAGAAAAAGAAAGCUUAUUCUUCAAAAUAGUAUUAAUGAUAAUAAUAGUAAUUAGAGAUUCCUAUGUACUACAUUCCAGUAUUAAGACUGAAAAUCUCCUCUAGAUAUUGUGCAUGACUUAGAUUAAUAUACAUUUCAAGAAAUAUGGGAAUAUAUUUGCUGUUAAAAACAUAUACUUGGGAUAUAACGUUUUUCAAAAUGCUGAUAACUGAACCCCCAGUAAGUGGUUAUUGGAUGUGUUUUGGUAUUCAUUAUUUAACAACAUAAAAGAACACUUUAUAUAUAAACAGAGUGCUUAAUAUAAAUAUAUAAAGAUUCUGCAUACAAUGUGUAUUGAUUGUGAAAUAUGUUCUUAUGACAGCGUUUUGGGAUGUAUCAAUGUAAAUGCAUAUUUUACUGUAAAUAAUGUAUUUUGAAAACAAAUGUAGGACCUUAGAGCAAAUCAGGUAGAGAUGACAUCAAAACCGUACAGAAAAAGAGCAAGAAGAAAAAUUCAACUGGAAUCAAUCCAGAGACCCGGCCAGUCUGAGCUAACUAGUCCUCUUCCAUGGACGAUCGUAUAACUAGGAAAAGCCCCUCUAACGUUGUUAACUUUAGGCAGUUAACCCAAGACAAAUGGGUCCGAAGAUGGUACAUUUAAAGGCUUUAUCGGAAUGUAUUUGAUUUGUUCAUGCUUGCUUGUAGUCUGUGAUGAUGAGAUUUUUUUGUGAGUUUUUUGUCGUAGGUUUGUAUUUUUUUUUUAAACAUUUCAAGGUGUCACCAACUGUGUUGUUUAUUUUUUCUCAGUGCAUAUUUUAUUGUUAAUUUGUCUUUAUAAUGAGUGUGUUGAAGGUCUGUGCUUAUUGUUUUCUUCCCUCUUCCCAACCUUUGGUGUGGACGACCAGUGAUAAAACAAUCAUGACACUUCAGGACAGAGGGCUGUUAUUCCCUCCCAACAGAACUAAAAUGUUUCACUCACUCGUUGUUCAUGCCAUUAUGUGUAACUGUCGAAUAGUUUAAUAUGUGGUGUUUGGUGUAGUAUGUGUGAUUGUUAAUUCAUUUCCCAAAUAUUAAUAUUAAUCAAUUCUGCGUAAAACGUAGCCUAUUGUAUUCUCAUUAAAAAAAUUGUGACUACAUUAUACACUGCAAUAGCAGAAAAAU